AUGCCAAAGAAAGCCGCAGCCGUCGAGAAGGCUUCUCCAGCCAAGGGUGCUUCUGCACCUAAUAAAGUGCCCACGGGCAGGAGGGCCGCGACAGCCAAGAAGGUCUCUGCUUCCACCGUCAAGAAGACAGUGAAGACGAACUCCCUCAAGGGCCGAAGUUCGCCCGCGGCCGUCGUGACACCGCCUUCCGUUGUCACAAAUGCGGAUGGCAACUUAGUGACAUCGGCGGGUGGUGAUAAUGGAGGGCUGCGUCAGCGCAUGCUUCAGAAGGGCCGAGGUGUUGUGGACGUACUUUCAGGGAAGGUGGGCAUGUGCCACGUGUACGAACAUUGCGGUGAGGUGUACCAGUGCACUUUGAACCAAACUCAUGUUUCUGCCAACAAAAAUAAGUACUUUAUUCUGCAGUUGUUGCAGGAUGACCAUGGCUCCAAGUGCCACGUCUUCACGCGCUGGGGUCGUGUGGGCUACCGCGGUCAGAGCAACACAGAGGAGUUUUUUGAUGCUGCGCAUGCGAUGAGGGUAUUUCACGCGAAGUUCGCUAGCAAGACUGGAAACUCUUGGUCGAAUCGGGCCCAUUUCUCAAAGGUUGAGGGACGGUAUGAGCUGAUGGACAUUGACUAUGGGGCGGCGGCGGAGGAGGAGCAGAAGCAGGAAACGAUGGAGCGAAAUGGAGAGCCGGUGGCAUCUGUGCUUCCAACCGAACUGCAGGACCUCAUGAAACUCAUCGGCUCCGAGAGCCAGAUGAUGUACGUGAUGCGGGAGUUCGAGAUUAACACGGAGAGAAUGCCCUUGGGGAAAAUCUCCAAGGUACAAAUCACGCGCGCGUACCAAGUACUGAGGUCACUGGAGGCUGAGAUGAAGAAAGGAGCUCCACAGCUGGAGCAGCUGUCAAACCAAUUCUACACGCUGAUCCCACACGCCCUUGGUGUCCGUCGGCCACCCAUCAUCGAUUCGGACGACAUGUUGCGGAAAAAGAUGGAGAUGCUGGAGACAUUGGGCAAACUGGAGAUCGCGGUCUCUAUCCUUAGCGCUGAGGUUUCAGAGGAACUUCACCCCGAUGACAAGCUUUAUCGCAGCCUGAAAUGUGAACUGAAACCUCUGGCCAGAGACGACCCUAACUUCCGACGCAUCGAGGAGUACGCACGCAAUACGCAUGGCCCGAGUCACAAGUUUAGAGUUGAGGUGACACAGGUCUUCACAGUUCGGCGUGAGGGUGAGGAGGAGCGAUAUUCAGCCUUCAAGAAGCUUGGCAAUCGGCAAAUGUUGUGGCAUGGCUCACGUAUCACGAAUUUCAUCGGUAUUCUCGCCCAGGGCCUGCGCAUUGCCCCACCAGAGGCUCCGUGCACCGGAUACAUGUUUGGUAAAGGGAUAUACCUGGCGGAUGUGUGCACGAAGUCGGCAAGCUACUGCUAUCCGGCGGAGGACACUAACAUUGGACUCAUACUGCUCUGCGAGGCUGCGCUGGGGAAACAGAGCAAGCUGACUGCGGCGGCGUACAUGGAAAAGCCAAUGCGGGGGACAAACGCGACAAAAGGUGUGGGAACCUUCUUCCCUGAUCCAGACGGCGCAGAAGUGGUGGAUGGCGUGCUGUGGCCGAAAGGUCGCUUGAAGGAGGAGAGGACUUCCUCUUCGCUAAUCUACCCCGAACACAUCAUCUAUGACGUUGAACAGUGCAAAAUAAGCUACUUGGUUCAAGUGAAGAUUUACCGUUAG